CUUAUUUACAUUGACCAAGCUGAAAUUAAACUGACCCCUGGUUGAAAGAGAACAAUGUGGAAACAGAUGAGGAUAUAAAGAAGUGACUGGGCUAGCAACAAUAUAGCAGUCUUCAAGUCACCAUUUUGAAGUGAUGACACCUUUUGAAACCAAUAAUAGAUAUGAUAUUAGAAACAAUCUGGACCCAGUGGUUUACACCGUAACUGAAGACACAGACAACUUUACCAGAAAUGCUUAUCGGACUCUAAGGCCCUUUGUCCUCCGGGUCACCGACUGUAUGGGCCGAGAAAUCAUGACAAUGCAGAGACCUUUCAGAUGCACCUGCUGUUGCCUCUGUUGUCCCUCUGCCAGGCAAGAGCUGAAGGUACCGUGUCCUCCCGGUGUCACCAUUGACAUUGUGGCAGAACACUGGAACCUGUGCAGGGCAGUUUACAGCAUCCAGAAUGAGAAGAAAGAAAAUGUGAUGAGAGUACGUGGGCCAUGUUCAACCUACGGCUGUGGUUCAGAUUCGGUUUGAGGUAACCUAAUGGUAAAAUAAUGUUUUUAGAGCUUUUUUUCCUCCAUGGACUGACCAACUUCAGAAUGAUCCUGUUACAGUGUACUUUUCCAUGUAAUUGAAAUGAGGUUUACAACAUCACUUAUAAAAUAAAUAGAGCAAGCAUGAUGAAAUAAUUGUAAGCUACUGUGCUAGGUAUUAAGGAAAUGCAAAGAUGUACAGAAUAGUCCUCUGUCCCUCAGCAAGUGUAAAACAAGUCAAUAUAUAAUUAUAGUAUGAAGCUCAACAAGAAUUCUUGGUGUAAAAUAAAUGCAAUUUAUCAGUUUGCACGUACGUAUCACAUGGUUCUCACUACCACACCAUGAGCUAGGUGUCAAUAUUAUUGUUCAGAGAGAAAGCUGAAAUUCAUCAGGAGUUAAUAGUAAGAAGACAGGGUGC